CGCAGAAUUGAAUCUAGCAAGACGCACCGCGGAGAACAUUUUCCGCCACAGUGGUCUAGGAUUAAUGAAGCGAAUGGAAUUUGCGCAGAAAAAACCGCCCGCGUCGAUCGCUGGUUUUAAUCAACCUUCUGAAAUUAGCGUCCCUUUUAAAUUGCGCUACUGUGUAAUGCACAAAGGCGAAGGGACACAGGCAUUAUUAGGAUGUGAAUAUGUCAGUUAAUAUUAGAAUAACCGUGGGUGGGGCGCGCUGCGGCGAUUAUUAAAAAUUCACACUUAUUAGCGAUCGAUCGGUCCUCACGAGGAGCGCGAGAAACGAAGAAAGGGAGAAAGAGAGAGAAACGAAGAGGGGAAGAGGUCAACUGGAGGAUGCGGAGCGCGAUAAGACGACGGGAACGAGAGCCCUCAAUCGAACCUAUUAUGUACGAACGUCAUCAGUCACGGCCGGCUGCGCCUUCGAAAAAAAUGCCGGAUAUUCUAGCGGCGCGCUCGACCAUCCGUUAAACUAAACGCGCCACGAACAGAAAAAUAGAGAGAGAGAGAGAGAGAGAGAAAUUGAAAGACCCAUCCACACCGACGGACGUGACACUAAAAAAAGAUCGACAACAGGCGGGAUCGCGAUUUUGCGACGUCACACGACGACGACGAGACAUAGUUUCUCUUUGUCGGCGAGCGAGAUUUUCCUCUCUCGCUCCUCUUCCUUCUACGUCACGUUGUCGCCGAUCGUUGCGGACGCAGUUGAACACAGCAGCAGCGCAGUUGCAGUCACGAGUCACGACACGAUCGAGAUCGCGCGCGUGUGUGCGCAUGCGCGGGCGACACCACUCUCCAUCUCCUCGAACGCGCGCGCGGCGAGCGGGUAGAUCGAUGAUGGCGUGCGAUCGCGCCUUGCGGCGCCGUUCGUAUCUCGUCCGGAAGUGAGAAAGAGAGAGAGAGAGAGAGAGAGAGAGAUCGGCGACGGCGUGCCGCACCUCCCCGGAAGCGCACGCUGCGCACGGCCCGGUGCCGCCGCCCGGCGCACGACGUCGACGUCGACGCGAUGUCGCCGCGUCUCGUCCGUGGAGCGCGCUAAUUGCCUGCGACGCGUAAUUCGCCGCCGCGAUGGACUGACACGUCCGUGCCGCGCAGGACGACGCACAUCGCGCACACGUCUCCGCGUAACACAGUUGGAAACACCAAGCCCGAGAUUCAAGCUUACACUUUGGAAUCCUAGCCGAUCCUAGAUUUGCGAUGAGUUCGCAACCGAUCGUGGUGCCUGGUGGGGAGCAUCAUCGUCUGCAGCCGGAAACUCAGUCUGUGCCAGUUGGAGGUUCAGCGGAUAGUUACAAGACUAUGACACCGCCGAACGUCAGCCGAUCUCUCAGUCAACCAGCGGAUCGACAACUUCGAAGAAGCAGCAUCCAAGCACAGUCUACACCAUUACCUAAACUUCCAUCAACUGAGUCCCUUUCGACAAGCGUAAAUAUUACAGCCAGUGCACCUCCAGUUUCUCCAGGACUCUCUGCGGGCGAAGGUAAUCAAAAAAUGGAUAAUACAUCAGACAAGUCAUUGGAUUCCUGCAAAUUAACACGGAAGGAAUCUUAUAAGGCUCAGAGAAAGAAUUAUCGAAUGGAAAAGAAAAGAGUAGCCAACGAACUUUUAAGUUCUUUCAAAGAUCCAACUGUUAUUGUUAUGAGUGAUUGGUUAAAAGUUCGCGGCACAUUGAAAAGUUGGACCAAGUUAUGGUGUAUUCUGAAACCUGGAUUGUUGCUGCUAUACAAAAAUCCAAAAACAAAGAGUAAUCAUUGGGUAGGAACGGUACUACUCAAUACAUGCCAAGUUAUAGAACGUCCGAGUAAGAAAGAUGGAUUUUGUUUUAAAGUAUUUCAUCCUUUGGAACAAUCUAUAUGGGCUCCUCGAGGACCAGAAAAAGAAGCUAUUGGUGCUGUUGUACAACCUUUGCCAACAUCUUAUUUAAUCUUUCGAGCUCCGUCCCAAGCAGCAGGCAAAUGUUGGUUGGACGCACUUGAAUUGUCGUUACGUUGCUCUUCGUUAAUAGUGCGCUCAACAAGCGCAUUACCGCGUCCUUUACCACACGACGCGACCACUACUCAUGAAACUCAAUGGAGCGAGGCUGAUUAUGAAAAACACUUUGAUGAUCAUGAAUAUGAUACCCGUCAAGUAGUAACGCUAGAUCCUGUGUACACCUCGCAUACAGACCUGGACGACAUUAGUCAGCCGGAGAAUGGAGUAGUAGCUGAUGCUGAAAUUAGUGCCUCGGACAGCGAGUCUGAGGCAUCAGCCAAAGAAGAUCAAUCGUCAGAGCCAAUCACUGAAACACCAUACGUAGCUAAUGAAAACGAAGUUUUUGGAACGGCUGGUGAAGUCGUUGCGGAACUGCAAGAAGAACAGAAGUCUUUGAUAUGGUUCUUAAUGAAACAAGUUCGCCCUGGCAUGGAUCUAUCUAAAGUUGUAUUACCAACUUUUAUUUUGGAAUCACGUUCAUUUCUGGAAAAACUGGCCGAUUCGUAUUAUCAUGCCGAUUUAUUGUCCCAAGCAGUAUUGGAAGAUGAUGCAUUUACACGUAUGAAAGCUGUGGUGAAGUGGUACUUAUCGGGAUUUUAUAAGAAACCACAAGGCUUGAAAAAGCCAUACAAUCCUCUUUUGGGUGAAACAUUCCGUUGCUAUUGGCAACAUCCUAAUGGUUCAAGAACAUUCUAUUUAUCCGAACAAUUAUCACAUCAUCCACCUAUCUCAGGAUUCUAUGUAACAAAUCGCCAAGAUGGAUUUACUAUUAGCGCAACGAUUAUUGCAAAAUCUAAAUUUUAUGGAAAUUCGACCUCCGCAGUUUUGGAUGGUAUCGCUGUAUUAACGAUGCUGCCAAGAGGUGAAGAUUAUACAAUGACAAUUCCUUAUGCACAUUGCAAAGGAAUUCUUAUGGGAACGUUAACUAUGGAACUUGGUGGAAAAGUGAACAUAAUAUGCGAGAAAACUGGCUAUCAUACUGAAUUAGAAUUUAAACUUAAGCCGUUUCUUGGCGGUGCGGAAUUAAUGAAUCAAGUUGUGGGACGAAUACGCCUAGGAAAAGAAACUUUAGCUACAAUUUCAGGAUAUUGGGAUGGAUUAAUUUUAAUAACGGACAAGCGAACAGGACAAGAAAAUGUCUUCUUCAAUCCAACCCCGGAAAUACGCAAGAAAAGGUUGAAGAAAUAUACCGUUCCUUUGGAAUCGCAGGGAGAGUGGGAAAGCGAAAAAUUAUGGUUGGCUGUUACACAGGCCAUUAAUAGGGAUGAUCAGGUUGCCGCUACUGAAGAAAAAACUCGACUUGAAGAAGCACAAAGAGAACGUGCUAAAGAACGGAAAACUUUAGGACAAGAAUGGGUUCCAAAAUAUUUUGUUCAAGAUAUUAUAACUGGAAAUUGGGUUUAUCGGCACGCUGAUGUAAGACCGUGGGAUCCAAGAAAUGAUGUAGUACAAUAUGAAGAAAAUUAUGUAGUGCGCACAAAGACUAGGCAUAAAACACCUAUUAUGCGUACUGGUAGUAUUGUUUCUACUGAACCACAAUCACAGAUUCCACUAUUACAAGCUGAAUCACGUUCCUCCUUAUCAGUGUUGAAAUCUUCUAAAAGGCAGUUAUCAAAUAAUAUGCCUUUGGCAGAAGCUCAUGAUUCUGGCAGUUCAUCUGCAGAGGCACACACCGAUUCUAGUCAAUCCUUAGGAAAAAGAAGACGUUCAACUGCUAGGUUAAUUGACAUAAUGAAAGGAAUAGAACAUCAAACGAUAGAACAUGGUGAGAAAUUGAAUCGUAUACAACUGAUUGUAGAACAAGUUGUGAGGAAGCAAAGAGAAUCUGGUGAACAGCAUCAUAAUAUGAAUAUGUUUAAGAGCUUUAUGGAUACUAUACUUAUUAUUGUUAUUGUUUUUUCCGUGCAAUAUUUUGUAAACAUAUGGAAUAAUGAUCCUACUAAGGGUUGAGGAAUUUAAUAAGAUCAUUCUGCACACAUUUUUUCAAUUACACUCGUGCACGCGCGCGCGUUAUUUGAAUUAUAUGUAAGUAUCACUUGUUUUUUCUAUUUCUAUACAACUCUCGCAGCUUAUAAUAUUGGUAUUUUAUCAACGAAGUGAAUUUCACGGAAAAGAUAAUUUUUUCAAAAUAAUAUAUGUGAAACAUUCUCAUCGAUAUAAAAAUAAGAUAUUAAGAGAAAAUGUAAAUUAGAAGUUCUAUAUAUUAGAUUCAGAGCAAUGGUGUUUUAUUAGUUGCAGAAAUAAGAAAAUUUAAGUAUAGGAACCAACAAUCUAUAUGAGCUUAUAUUGUAUAUAGAGCUUAAGUAUAAUACUGAAAAAGCUAUAGUUCUCGAAUUAAUAUAAUUUUAAUUUUUAUUGCAACCAGUACCAAAUUGUAACAUAAUCACGUAAAUGUUGUAAAAAUAUUGUUCAGAUAUCACUUUCGCAACUAAUUUAUUGUAAAUUCCGCUAUAUUUAAAUUUAUAUUAAUAUAUUAUAUAAUAUUAUAAUUUGAGCCUGAUGUGAUAUGAAAUUUAUAAUAAUUUAUAUUAAUCCUUCUGUGUGUCAGUGCAUAAUUUUUCAUCUUUUCAUCAAUGCAUCAAAUACCAUGCAUUGAUAGAAGAGCUGUCUCAUUUACAUUUGUAAAUCGAUUAACUUUGUUAUUAACUCAAUUUACGUCAAAAUGUUCUAUCCAAUCUUGAUAAAAAUUUUUUCUAAAACUCUGUUAUAAAUUUUAUACUUUAUUUAUACGCUAAUAUUUUAUAUUUUACUUAUACUGCUAAGCUUAUCAUGUGAUAUUUCGAUAAUAUAGCAAUAGUAUCAGAUAUGUAUAUACAUAUAAAAAAACUAAUUCAAUUCGCUUGACAUUACACUGGACGUAAUAUAAUUUUUUUAAAUCAAUAAGUGUAUAUGUAAUUUUUGGGAACUUUAAAUUCAAUAAAAUAAUAUAGUUUAAUAAACCA